UCCAACUUGAAGACAUCAACACCUCCAAGUCUUCCCCUUGUCAUUCAACAUGAGGACGGUGGCGUGCAUCAUGAUGCUGGCGGGCUGCGCGCUGGCCGGCCGCCUGGAGAACACGUACCUGCCGCCGCCCGGCGCGGCCCAGGCCGGAGGCAGCAACCUGGCCACCCCGUUCGGCGGCGCCGUGUCGAGCACCUUGGCGCCCCCGCUCAUCGCCCAGAAACUCCGAAGCCGCAGCGAGACCAUCAAGGGCUUCAACGGCAACAACAACUUCAACUCCGGCAGCGCCUUCAACGCCGGCAACAACUUCAACGCCGGCAACGCCUUCAACGCCGGUAGCGCGCCCCUUAUCGCGGAGCAAGCCCGCCCGGCCUCUUUGAACUCCUUCGAGACCGUCAGGACGCAGCAGGAGCAGCGGCCCCUGCAGGCCGUCAACGCGUACAGCGGCAGCUUCCAGCAGCCCACCCCGCGCCCCGCCCUCAUCAUCAAGCAGGUCAACGAGAACCCCGGCGACGGCACCUACACCUUCAGCUACGAGACUGAGAACGGCAUCCAGGCCCAGGAGCAGGGCCAGGUCCGCGCCGACGGCGCCGAGGGCCUUGCCGCCGUGCAGGGCGCGUACGCCUUCACCGCCCCCGACAACAACCAGCGCUACACCGUCACCUACACCGCCGACGAGAACGGCUUCCUGGCGUACGGCGACCACCUGCCCACGCCUCCCCCCGUCCCCGCCGAGAUCCUCCGCGCCCUGGAGCAGAACGCCGCCGACGAGGCCCGCGGCCUCAACGACGACGGUGAGUCUCUGGCGGCCUCGCGCCUCGCGCCCGCCUGCGCCGAACCCGUCUCCGGCCGUCACACCCCCUUCAACGCCAACAACGCCUACAACAACAACAACGCCUUCAACGCCAACAACGCCUUCAACAACAACGGCUACAACGCCAACAACGCCUACAACGCCAACAACGGCUACACCGCCACCAAGUCCAGCAGCAACUCUGCCGCCAACAGCAACAACAACAACAGCAACGACGGAUACCACUACUAA